AUGUCUUCUAAACGUCAAUUACUUUUACUACCUUUAAAAAGCGUUAAAGAAAAUAUGGCCAAUAGUGAUACCAUUGAUGCGGAAUCAAUCCCAGUUUUGAUAUCAUUACCACCCAAUCCUUAUUUUCAUCAACAACACUUACAUCGAAGCAAUUCAUUAUCACAGAAUUCUGACAAUGAAAGCAUGGAGAGAAUAAGUCGAAUGCAACGACUGCAGCAAAUACAAUCUUCCUCUUCACGUGCUGCACCGCAAAUCAUGCCAACGACUCCUAACUCUGAAAAUCAACAUACACACAGAUAUUUCCGAGCUCGUCCACGAAUGCGAACAGUAUCUGAUUUACAUGGGACACGAUUGCAUGCAAGAAACAAGUUCGAGCAAUUAAGGCCUGUUGCUAGUUCGGCUGUUAGACCAAACUAUGCACUUGCUUUAUCAUCUUCAACUCUCAAUAAUGAUAUUGUAAAUGGAGUACCUGUUCAAUCGGAGCCUAAACUUCCGUUAUAUUCAUCUCCAACUACGAAUGUAAAUCCUCUAUACAAUAAUGAUUUGGUCUCAUUUUUAUCUUCUGGAACUACAAUGGAGAAUCUUGCAAAAUUGGCUCGAAAUUUGCUGACUUUAUCUAUUCAAAAUCGACCUGGAGAAAUUUUGUCAUCAUUGGCAUCUGCAGUAAGUGGUUCAGAAUCAUUUGUUGCAUCAAGUGUUGCACCUAUAGAAGCAAAUAGGACAUCUGGAAUUCUCAAUAUUCAAAAAGUUUUUGCAGAGUUAGCAAAGAAAGAAUUGCCAUUGCCAAUCAAAGAUGUUACAAAUACGUUACAAGAGAAUGAAACUGAAAUUUUUUUAAAAACGCUGCCUGAUGAGCAACGGUCGCUAUUACGAGCGGCAAUCGCAACUGGAGAAGUUGACGAACAUACUUUGAAGUCUGCUAUUGGUGAUGGAAAAGUGGGUGUAAAACAAAAAGAAGGAAAACUUCUGGAAUGGAUACAACAAAAUCGAAAGAAAGUUGCUGAUGAUAUGUUUGAUUUUGCUAAUAAACUACCAUAUUAUGGAAAAUAUUGUGGUAGUUUUGCUGGUGAAACUGCUAAAAAUAAUCGUUUUAAUGCAGCAGGCGCACUUUGGGCAGUCGAUAAUCAACGUUUCAUUGUUUCUAAAUUUCAAUUUAAUCCUGGAACUUUAUCAACUGAAAAUGUUACUUUUUGGGUUGGUCCAUCUGUACGAACAAACAAUAGUAUAGUUAAUAUGACUCCAAAUGCUAAUGGUUUCUAUUUGAAACCUCAGCCUAUUAACUUGACUGUUUUUUACAAACCUAAUAUUAAGACUAUUCAAGCACGAAUUCGUACAAAAAUUGAUAGACAAAAGCGUCGAAGCAACUAUCAUGCAGAAUUUAAUAAACCAGAAAGAGUUCAAAGUUUUCUUGAAAACGUGGCUGAUAAUUCUUCCAAUUAUGGCUUUUCAUCAGUACAACUAUUUGAGAAAGAAGGAACCUUAUUAAUCAGCAAAGUGACCAACAAUAUUUCAUUUUCAACUAAUCUCGACAGUACUACAAAAAGUGAAGAAAAAAGUAAAAUCACAUCUCCAAUCGUAAAUAACAAUACUGAAAUGGAGGCACUUGGUUGGUACGCUGGUUUUCAACCACUUUUGCUAACAUUGCCAGAUAAUAAAUGGGUCAAAACAAUCACUUGGUUUGCCUUACGUGAUCAUAAAAGAGAAGAUAUUGUUGCUUAUGUAUUGAUUCCAAAUGGGCCGGCAUUUAAAAUUCCAGCAGUUGUUCAACUCCGAGGCUUGACAUCAAAUAGUUUAUACAAUGUGAGAUCGAAAAAUAUUAAGGUUCUUGACACAAAGACUAUUGAAGUAAACGAAUUUUACUUCAGAAGCAAUGGUUUAGAAGCUUGAGAAGAAAACAUAUUUGAUUGUGAUUCACUUCGAGAUUACACAAAUGAGACGAUCAUUUUAAAGCUUCCAGGACUUUUGGAUAUUACAGAUGUGUUUUGGUUUUCGGUUUUUUCAAUGACGCAAAGUUUAUCAAUAUCGCAUCUUUACUUUCCAUAUAAUGACAUGCAUUUACCUCCUGAUCUCACUGAUAUAUCAAUUGCUAUGUAG